GUUGUAGAUUUCGACAUAUAUACCUUCAUAAAAAGCAUACCUGUUGAUUGUCAGAUUAGAUAUUGCUUAGAUUACAUUAUAUUUUGUUCAAAUUUAUGCCAUCACACUGUUAGGGAUCAUUAUCCUUUUUAGCAGGGCUAUUCAAUUUUCUUUUGCAGUACAUGCUAAACGUAUGCUAUGAAGCCAUGGUGAAAGGUUCAUAUUGUGGCUUUUGAGAAAACUGACCUGCAUUGAAUGCUCUUUCAUGCAGAUGUGUUUAUAUAGCUGUGGAAUGUUUUUAAUUAUUUGUGAGUACAUUUUAUAUAUCAUUACCAAGUACUUUAAAGACAGCAUUUUGAAUCAAUAAUUACUGUCAUAAAUUAGGACCACUGCUCACAUUUACCAUGGGACCAAGAAUACUUCUCAAUGAAAACAAUUAAUACAAUUCAGAAACUCCUUAUGUUAGCUAUGGGUGACUGAUGUAAAUAGAUUGGACUCAGUUUUCAAGUAACUCCAGAAAAACAACAGCCAAAUAGACAACAAAUAUGACAUGUGCGACAGCCUUGCCACAGCCCUCAAUGACUUACCACUUAAGUGUUUAAUUAUAUAAAUCAAAGAAAACAACCAGAGGAAACUAAUCAUGAUAAAAUCUUGCAAAGGUCAGCACAAAGUCUGGCAAGGAUGCAGAGAGCAGCCACCAUAUGGCUGAAGAAGACACAAGGACCACACUGUUAAUCUUUUGGGCUAAUUGUUUUUUUCUCUCCUAUCCUAUCCUAUGGAACUGAAGCAACCAGUAAAUAUUUUGCAGUGUGACACACUUUUUUGCAUCUUUGCUUGAGACCUUGGUUGCAGACAUUCACACUUAAUAUGCUCUCCAAGCACUUUGUGCACUAAUACAUUCACAGCAUAAACUGAUGGGUUUCAGUGAGCAUAUAAGUAGUAUAGGGAUAAUGAAAAGUUGUGCGCAAAGAUAUUCGAUCCAUAACAUAUUUCUGAUCAAUCUUUUUAAUGACGAAUAAUGUGUAACAAUUCAAAAUAAAUCUAUCUUUAAAAUAAUCUGGGUUAUUAUGGGAUGCAGUUCUUUCCUGUUUCAGUUACAGAAAAACGACACAAACAGAAAAACAAAAGAAAGGUUUAUUAUUUAAACAGAUGCCAAAGACUGAUGCCACUUUUUGUGCCAUGUAACAGAAAAUACAGAAAAUUCAAGCUGGUACAUAUUGUUGAGCGCGUCCUCUUCAGAUUAAGAUCAUUCACAGAAGCCACUCAACUGUAUGAAGGAACAAACAAAUGAUGAAAUCAACAGAAAGUUGUGAAGGCGCCAAAAUGCAGGCUUUGUGUUACAAGCAACUUGCCGUAUGAUAGCUUAUAGCUAUUUUCAAGUAACUGUACUUUCUACUCAAAUGAAAAAAAUACAUUUGUCUUGUGUGCCUCAGAAAGGAACAUAUACUGUAGGUUUUGAGGCAAUAUGCAAUAAGAUGAAUGUCCUAACUAGGCUCUAAUAGGCAGGCUUUUAGCAAACCUUGCUUGUACCUUGCUUCUGAGUGGCAUGACUCUUGUAGUCCCUGUUGAAUGUCCUCUUUAUGUGCUUAAGUUAAAGGUGCUGUAAUGAUUUAAGUACAGUGAUUCUGAACACUUAAUAAUUCAUAGGAUCCCUCAUGAAUGAACGAAAUUUGACCAAACCAAAGCAUCAUUAUUCUGUCAGCCACCACUUUCCUUGUGCAGUCAUUGAAAAGGGGAUGAUCUAAAAAAGAAAAGAGGUAAGUGGGAGUUAAUGGGCGACAGGGCAUUUCUGCAAAUACUGGGAGUCAUUUUGAACAGGGGGCAAUCACAUAGAUCAAAUAUACAGGAAGAAAGAGAUGGAAUUUGGAAGCCAGAAGAAAAAAAGGGCAAUGCAAAUUGAAGGGGUUGGUAAACAUAAUAAUGUGUGCCCCGUGUAAUCAUCUCUUAAAUGCAGACAUCGAAGAGGCCUAUUGACUGAUGGCUGCUGUCAUGUACAGACGAAAGGGUGAGAGAAAGAGAGAGCGAAUGAGAGGGACAGUCGGAUUGGGACAGGUCUAAAGUUACAUCCUCUUGCCUGUAAGUUGGCCCCGGCAAAGAAUUCAAAUAUUUUACUCCUUAUGAAGACCUCGUCUGAUGGCCACCAUCAGCUUUCUAAGUCCUGGCAAUGUGACUGAUUGAUCCAGUAGAUAAACAGUAAAGAUUAAGAGGAUGACAAACAAGCGUGCUGCUUACACAGCGCUUUUGGCUAAUCCUACCCCCACGGCCUCCCUUUUGAGGACCCGCCACGAAGGAGGAUCCACAGACACUGACCGCCACAGCCAAGUGACAGGACAGAGGAACAGAACACGCUAAUCUGCCAUUGUGGAGGACAGCAGAAGGGAAGACCACGAGUAGCCUAUCAACAUCUCCGUCCGCAUCAGAGAGAAACGUGGGAGAGGCACCCCGACAGGGACAUCCUUGAACAGGGGAGGUGUGCUCAGGGAAGAGGGGACCAGGUCAACCAUCUGUCCCGUCUGAGUGACGAAGUCACAGCCAGAGGGCUGCCGGAACCAUUUGCUCAUUUUGGGAUGUUUCAAAACUUUUGAAGGAGUCUGUGAAGCAUCUCAUCACUGAGUACCAGGAAAGCAAGCAUCAGACAUUGGUAGGACAGCAUCUCCUAAGGAAAAUUGUCAUAGUCAACGAAACCUUGGGAUACUAUUUUGUUCUAGCACAGAGGAGUUCCUUUUUGCAGUGACCAACACAGAAGUCCUAUAGGACAUCUUGUAAACAUGAUGGAGGAUCACCUGUCGAAAAUAUCCAUGCUCCCCUCCUCCUCUCCCAGUGAAUCAACGGGGAGCAGUGGAACGGAAGACAGCAGAGGAGCCAAGAGUCCUGCCCCAGGCAAAGCUCUCAGCCCUGCUCUGCUCUGUAAAGUGUGUGGGGACACCAGCAGUGGCAAACAUUACGGUAUAUAUGCCUGCAAUGGCUGCAGCGGUUUCUUCAAGCGCAGUGUGAGACGAAGACUCAUAUAUAGGUGUCAGGCUGGUACGGGAAUGUGCCCUGUGGAUAAGGCCCAUCGCAACCAGUGCCAAGCCUGCAGGUUGAAGAAAUGCUUACAGGCAGGCAUGAACAAAGAUGCUGUCCAGAACGAGCGACAGCCUCGCAGCACAGCCCAGGUGCGUCUGGACUCCAUUGAUGUAGACACAGAUAAGGAGCACCUGGCCACCACACGGGAGCCCAGCUCCUCCUCUUCCUCCUCCUCCUCCUCUUCCUCCACCUGCUCAGUCAUCACGCGGCCCCACAUCACCUCCUCCAUGUCCAUUGGCUCCUCUGUCCCCCCGCAGCGCUGUAUCAGCCCCCAGAACAACCAUCGCUUCAUGGCCAGCCUCAUGACUGCCGAGACCUGCGCCAAGCUGGAGCCUGAGGAUGUUGACGAAAAUAUUGAUGUGACGAGCAAUGAGCCAGAGAGAGCGUCUUCAGAGUACCACAUGGCAUUGUACCCCUCCAGCAAUGAGAAUGUGUAUGAGACCUCGGCCCGUCUGCUCUUUAUGUCUGUGAAAUGGGCCAAGAACUUGCCAGUGUUCUCCAACCUACCCUUCAGAGACCAGGUAAUCCUCCUGGAGGAGGCGUGGAGCGAGCUCUUCCUUCUCUGUGCCAUCCAGUGGUCCCUGCCCUUGGACAGCUGCCCACUGCUCUCGCUUCCUGACCUGUCCCCCACGAUGCAGAGCAAGACCAGCUACACCAGCCUGGACCUUCGGCUCCUCCAGGAGGUCUUCAGCCGCUUCAAGGCCCUUGCCGUCGACCCCACUGAGUUUGCCUGCCUCAAGGCCAUUGUUCUCUUCAAGCCAGAAACUCGUGGUCUAAAAGAUCCAGAGCAGGUGGAAAACCUUCAAGACCAGUCUCAGGUGAUGCUGGGCCAACACAUCCGCUCACACUACUCAAGUCAACCAGCCAGGUUUGGGAAACUUCUUCUUCUCCUUCCCUCUCUUCGCUUCGUCAGCUCAGAGCGUAUUGAGCUUCUCUUCUUCCACCGUACCAUUGGCAACACCCCGAUGGAGAAGCUAUUGUGCGACAUGUUCAAGAACUGAGUCCAGAACACUCAAGAUAGUGUCACAGUGCCCACAUGGACAACUGUGUGGAUAUAUUGAGUAACAAAAGACUGGUUUUUGAGAUAAAAAAAAAAAAUU